AUGACUUUGUCAACCUCGCCUUUGCUCGUCAACUCCGCCGGCGUCCUCGGCCAUCUCCUCGUUGUAGGCGGAUCUGCCGCAGUCUUCAGCCCACGCUCUGUCAUCGGAGCCUUUGGUCUCGACACACCCUCGGCACCUGAAUCUCAAAGAUUAAUCGAUCUACUCGUCCCACUGUACGGUUUCCGAGAACUUUCACUUGGACUGUCUAUGGUCGCUGUCUGGAGAUACGGCAACAUCAAAACUCUAGGUUGGACGACCAUGGCGGUGGUUGUUACUGCGCUUGGCGAUGGGUGGGUGGCCAGAAAGCAACGCAAGGGCAUGGAGUGGGUGCAUUGGGGGCUGACACCGAUUGCGUUGGGACUGGGAGCUGGUCUGCUUGGAUACUUUGAUUGA